CAACAUCUUCCUCGAGCUCGACGCGUUGGAGUCUGCUUUUCGUUUGUCAGCCGCAGCUUCUUCCAAUCCACCGUCGCCUGCCCUCCGUCUUCAGUGAGCUUCUGCCCCUAUGCUUAGACUGCUCAGAAGUCAGAACGAAGUACAGGGCUUAAGCUGUGUGGCACUGUACAGAGUUGAUGCUUCGGGAAACUGUGCUGCUCCAGACGGCGACGACGUUCAGAGACGUAACCUGCAUUCGGCAUCGUUGCACCACCGCACAUGCUAUCAUUGGCCUGUUUCUCUCUCUUGUCUUGAAAUUGCUUCCUGUUGAUGACUUCCCAUGGCGGCUAUGGAGCUCAAGCACUGCCUCCUCCAUGGCCUCAACUCCUUCAACCACCUCAGGACUGCCCACUGCCGCCUCCUCCGCCUCUACAUCGACCACGAUAACUACCUUCUCAACAUCAUCCUCCAGUAUUCAUUUUUCUUUCGCAACACGACCUACGCCAAGCGCGUCUUCUCCCAAUCCAAGAACCCUAACAUAUACCUCUUUAACACUAUGAUCCGUGGAACGGUCUCCAACGACUCCUUCAACGACGCCGUUCUGUUUUACAACUCAAUGCGCAGCGCCGGGUUCUUGCCAGACAACUACACGUUCACUUUUGUACUCAAAGCGUGUGCCAGGCUGGCGGAUUUUCCGUUUGGCGUCAAGCUCCAUUCACUUGUUGUGAAAAUGGGAUUCGAUUGUGACGUGUUUGUCAAGACAAGUCUUGUUUGUUUGUAUUCGAAAUGUGGGUACUUAAAGGAUGCACGGAAGGUGUUUGAUGAUAUUCCUGAGAAGAAUGUUGUUUCGUGGACCGCUAUUAUCUGUGGGUAUAUUGGGUGUGGCCUUCACGAGGAAGCAGUUGGUUUGUUUAGAGAGUUGUUAGAGGUGGGCGUGAAGCCAGAUAAUUUCACUCUCGUUCGGGUUUUGUAUUCGUGUUCUCAGUUAGGGGACUUGGCCAGUGGAGAGUGGAUUGAUAAGUAUAUAACUGAGAGUGGUUUCCAUAGAAAUGUGUUUGUGUUGACUUCUUUGGUUGACAUGUAUGCCAAGUGCGGGAGCAUGGAGAAGGCGCGGCAGGUUUUUGAUGGAAUGGUUGAGAGGGAUAUUGUUUGUUGGAGUGCCAUGAUUCAGGGCUAUGCAUCCAACGGGCUUCCUAAGGAAGCACUUGACUUGUUCUUUGAGAUGCAGAGGGAGAAUCUGAGGCCUGAUUGCUAUGCCAUGGUGGGAGUUCUUUCUGCAUGUGCGAGGUUGGGAGCACUGGAGUUGGGGAAUUGGGCUAAGGGAUUGUUGGAUGCUGAUGAGUUUUUGUCGAAUCCUGUACUAGGCACUGCCUUAAUUGACUUUUAUGCUAAAUGUGGAAGCAUUGCACAAGCGGUGGAUAUUUUCAGAAUGAUGAAGGGAAAGGAUCGUGUGGUGUUCAACGCCAUAAUUUCUGGACUGGCUAUGAGCGGACAUGUUCGGGCCACAUUUGGGGUAUUUGGACAAAUGGAGAAGUAUGGAAUUCAGCCAGAUGGGAAUACUUUUGUUGGCUUACUUUGCGGGUGUGCCCAUGCUGGUUUGGUUAAUGAUGGUCGACGAUAUUUCGAUAGCAUGAGUCAUGUCUUUUCUUUAAGUCCUACUAUCGAGCAUUAUGGAUGCAUGGUGGAUCUUCUAUCCCGUGCAGGCUUGUUGGUCGAAGCACAUAAUUUGAUCAAGAGUAUGCCAAUGAAACCGAAUACUAUUGUUUUGGGGGCAUUAUUGGGAGGAUGCAGGUUGCAUCGUGAUACUAAAUUGGCAGAACCCGUGUUAAAGCAGCUGAUUGAGUUAGAACCAUGGAAUUCAGGACAUUAUGUUCUCUUAUCAAAUAUAUAUUCAGCAAGUCGUAGAUGGGAUGAAGCAGAAAGGGUUAGGUUAACGCUGAACGAGAAAGGAAUGCAAAAAUUACCUGGGUGUAGUUGGGUUGAAGUGGAUGGGGUUGUUCAUGAAUUCCUUGUAGGAGAUACUUCCCAUCCUAUGUCACAGAAGAUAUAUGAGAAACUUGAAAGUUUGUUUAAGGAAUUGAGAGAAGUCGGUUAUAGUCCGACUACUGAGUUUGUGCUCUUUGAUAUAGAGGAAGAGGAGAAGGAGUACUUCCUUGGCUGUCAUAGUGAGAAAUUAGCCAUUGCAUUUGCCCUGAUCAAUACUGGGGAAAAUGACAUCAUUCGUGUUGUUAAAAAUCUACGCGUAUGUGGUGAUUGUCAUGAGGCCAUAAAACUCAUUUCCAAAGUUACAGGGAGAGAGAUAAUCAUUAGGGAUAAUAACAGAUUCCAUUGUUUCAGAGAAGGUUCAUGUUCUUGUGGAGAUUAUUGGUAGCAUUUUGUGAUGUAGACUAGUAUAGAAUCCGAUCUCAUUGUUUGCUGCACUUCAAAAGUUGACAAAAGAGUUUCUCUUGCAUAUGUUAAAAUGUUCUGCUAAACCUCCAUGAACAUUUUGAUGGAGGAAAAUGAAACAUGAGACUCUUGCAGGGACAGACCUUCAAAAUUAUGGUCAAGAAGGAACUGUUCUUGCAGGAUAUCACUAUGAUGUUAACUUCGUAACAAUUCAUAGUGAAGGCAGGUUUCCUGGUUUGAACAUCUGGUUAAGAAAUGGACAAAAGGUUGAAGUGAAGCUUUCAUUACGAAGUCUCCUUAUUCAGACAGGAAAGCGGGUAUUUUGAAAAUUAGCUGAAUCUGCUGGUAAAAUUUCAACGUAAAGAAUUAAAGCCAAUUUUACCUGAAUCAAGUAGUGAGCAUCUAUCUCAAGUUUUUAUCAAUUGUUAGAUUGAAUAUUUAAACUUUGGGUUUUGCUAAUGAGUAAGGCACUUGUUAAGGCUUAAUAAAAAGUAUGUUUUUAAAUCUUCAGUGCACUGAAUGCAUUGAAGUCUUCAAAAUGUUAAAAUCUUACUAUUUUUUGAAACUUUUACAAGGGCCUUAAGGGCGCUUAAUAGCAAGAACCCUUAAAGUUUAAACUGUUGUAGGCUCUAGUUUUAUCGUCAUUGCCUCUUGUGAGAGCAAAUAAUUUGAAAUCUUUCUAUGAUAAGUGUCUUGACAUUACCAAUGGCCUUUUCUGUCCCUUUUUUUAAUGUUCCAAAAUAUGGAUAGAUUGGUUAACCGAAGGGGACUGCAUAGCUGGCGUGCAUGAUGUAAUUGUCAAAAAUGCUAUUAUUGAUGCAUUCAGAAUAGCACAAGAGCAAAAAUGUAGCUUAUGGGGAGUCUCUUCAAUGAUGAGUGAGGAUAGAAAGAUGUAAUCUUUAAUAGGAAUAAGCAAGAUCUUAAUGAUCAUGGCACUAGUCUCUCCAUCUUUGCUUCAUUACAUUCUUAAGUCUUUCUUUGAUAUUCAUAUUGUUUUUGCUGAGUUACUCCUCACUAGCUUCGUGGAUCGUUGGCUUUCUCCUCCUUUAGGUGCAAUAAAGUUGAAUGUUGAUGGUUGUUUGUUUGGUGAUGGUACCUCUUAACAGAAUUGUUGGUGCAAAUUGGGUGCUGGGAUUUGUUGGGAGGUAACCUGAAAGCAUGGCUUCCGUAAUAUUGUGCACGAGAUGGAUUUCUGGGAGGCUUUUUUCUUGCGCCAGUGUCACCGGGCAAAUGGGUCCAUAUGCUCAGUGGCUGAUUUUUGCAAUUCAUAGGCUUCUAAGGCGUGCUUGGCAGGUUUGUUGUGUCUUGAUUUCUAGGAAUGCAAACAAAUGUGCCAAUGCUUUAACUUGUGGUGGUGCAGCGCAAAGGAAUGACCUCCAAAUCGUUGCGUUUCCUCAGUGGUUACGCAACUUCUGCGAGUUGA